AUGCUUGGCCGAGUCCCGCGUCGUGCCUGGCGCUGGCUUCUCCGCGUUGCCCUCGUCGCCAUUCUGGUCCCUGUCUUGCUGCAGUGGGUGAUCGCAUACCUUGUCGGCAGCGAUGCCAGAAUACUUCCUCCAGAGCUCCUCGCCACGAAGAACCUGUUGAUUGUGACAGCGCAUCCCGACGACGAGUGUCUUUUUUUCUCGCCCACCAUCUUGGGUCUGCUGGACAGGAACAGAGACACCGUGGGAGGGCUAUUGGUCAUGUCCACCGGCAACAACUACGGCCUCGGCGAAACGCGCAUCCGGGAGCUUCAGGCCUCUUGCAAGGCAUUGGGCAUUCAUGCCAAACGAUGCGUCGCGCUGAACCACCCGGAGCUGCAGGACAACCCCAAGGUCUGGUGGAAUGCCGACCUCAUCCAAGCGGUGGUGCAUGAGAAAGUGGUCGAGUGGAAGAUCGAUGCGAUCGUGACUUUCGAUGAGGGUGGAGUGUCAGGCCAUCUGAACCACAGGGCCGUCAGCGCUGCAAUCAGCCAGUAUGCCGCAACGAACCCUGACGCGCCCGUCAUAUUUACCCUGACGACGGCGUCUCUGCUGCGCAAAUACACGUUUCUUGGAGAUCUGCCUCUCACCGCGCUGCCCUUCACGUGGCGCAUCCUCAACGCGCUCUCCUACCCCGCGACGACCGCAGACCCCAAGGACGGCGACCGAGUCCUCGUGGCCAACACGUGGGUCCGCUACCUCAAAACCCGCCAUGCGUUUGCCCAGCACCCAAGCCAGUAUACUUGGGAUCGUCAUUUGUAUAUGGUGGUGAGCCGCUACGUUUGGUUCAACGACCUGAAGCGGGUGGAACGUGCUGCAGAGUCGGGGUCACAGCCACAGCCUUAA